GUGAAAAAAAAACCCUCUCGAGCAACAAGAAAGAAGAAAGAAAGGAAAAAAUGGCUCUGAACCUCAAUCCCAUCACCUUGAAAUGUUCCCACAAGUACCCUUCUUUUGCUAUUCCCCCCAAGGCAAAUCUCAGAUCUCCCAAGUUUCUCAGGGCCUCGGCCACCCUCAGCUCCGGCUCCACAGAGGUUGAGAGUCUCAGGAAGCCUUUCAGCCCUCCUCGCGAGGUUCAUGUUCAAGUAACUCACUCAAUGCCACCCGAAAAGAUGGAGAUCUUUAAAAACCUGGAGGAUUGGGCCGAGCAGAACAUCUUGGUUCAUUUAAAGCCAGUGGAGAAAUGCUGGCAACCGCAGGAUUUCCUGCCCGAUCCUGCUUCCGAUGGAUUUCAUGAUCAAGUCAGGGAAUUAAGGGAAAGGGCAAAGGAGAUUCCGGACGAUUACUUCGUUGUUUUGGUUGGAGACAUGAUCACAGAAGAAGCACUUCCUACUUACCAAACAAUGCUAAAUACUACAGAUGGUACUAGGGACGAAACGGGGGCGAGCCUCACUUCUUGGGCAGUGUGGACUAGGGGAUGGACUGCUGAAGAAAACAGGCAUGGCGAUCUUCUCAAUAAGUACCUCUACCUAUGUGGACGAGUAAAUAUGAGGCAAAUUGAGAAGACAAUUCAGUAUCUGAUUGGGUCGGGAAUGGAUCCAGGAUUCGAAAACAGUCCCUACCUCUGUUUCAUAUACACGUCGUUCCAAGAACGAGCAACUUUUAUCUCUCACGGGAACACAGCACGGCAUGCCAAAGAGUACGGGGACUCGAAGUUGGCUCAAAUUUGCGGGAGCAUUGCCUCUGAUGAGAAGCGCCACGAGACCGCUUACACCAAGAUAGUCGAAAAGCUCUUUGAGAUCGACCCUGAUGCAACCGUGCUGGCUCUGGCCGACAUGAUGAGGAAGAAAAUAACUAUGCCAGCCCACUUGAUGUACGAUGGUCGCGAUGACAAUCUGUUUGACCAUUUCUCGUCCGUGGCUCAGAAGCUUGGAGUCUACACCGCCAAGGACUACGCGGAUAUAUUGGAGUUUCUGGUUGGGAGGUGGAAGGUGGAGGACAUAACUGGGAUUUCUCCGGAGGGACGAAAAGCCCAGGAUUAUGUUUGCGGGUUGCCUCAGAGAAUUAGGCGGCUGGCUCCAGGCAGGGCAAAAGAAGCACGGUAUGUUCCGUUUAGCUGGAUCUUCGAUAAAGAAGUGAAGAUCUGAGGGCCUACUGCAACUCUCUUGCCACAAAAAAAAAAAACAGAAAUUGAAAUAAUAGAAGAGGUGAAAUUUUGAAGUUUUGUGACGUACACGUUUUAG